AUGGUCGCAGCUUUAAUUAUCCCGCUGCCACCCCCCUCUUUCGUGAUCCAAAGAAAGACACAACUUGCGGAUAUUCUUGCGCAAUCUUUGAUAAUGACAGACGCGAGCGAGCAUACCCAGCACAUAUCGAAAAUUGCCAACUUUCUCGACUUUCGGGUCGCAGACAACGUCGAGAACAAAGAUAUUCUCGAGGCGGAGAAGGGGGCUGUCGGUCCCAAUAAUACGAAUAAAUCAAAGAAGACACAGCCAGGAGGGGAGAUAGAGGAGCAAUGUGAUACACCAGUCGAACAUCUGGGGUCGGCCCGAGAUUACGGCAAAGGUGGAGGAUAUGGUCCUCAUGGCAGCCACAUCAUCAAUAAAAUUGACCCCAGGGUCAGUUCCAGCAGUAAAGAGACUGACACCGACGGAAAAUAA